AUUCUAUGUUUUUGUUUUUCAAUCUCUUAUUUCUGACCGCCGCCGCCUCCUGUUAGGGUUUCUUGAGGACCGUUAGCUUGAAAGGCCAACACCCUACCACCAAAUCACUCUUAGACUAGAUAUUUUCCGGUUUUAAUACAUUUCUUGGUGUUUUAGAAACGCAUUCAGCAUGAAAGAAGAUGGGAAUUUUUAUUUUUUUUCAUUGAUUCAAUCUUUUUUUUUUCAACACUCUGGUGGGAAUUUUGUUUACUAAGAAAAAAAAGCAAAUAAAUGUGAAAUGUGAAAUGUGGAUGCAGUGGCUCCGCGUGUGGAGUUUUUUUUUUACUGUUGGGAUUUCUCUAGAAAGAAUGAUCUUGCAGCUAUCUAUUUUUCUUUCAGGGGUCAAUGCUUUUGAAAGAAUUUGGUUUGUUUUUGGGAAAAAAAGAAAGCUGAUUUUAAACCUAAGACAGGGCAAAUGAUGUCUUACACUUGAUCUCUGAACUUCAGGCAAGAGAAAUGGGUAAUAAAUCAAAGAAGAAUUAUGUGGCCAGGCGGGAUGUGUUUAAAUGGACAGAACGUAUGGAUGAUGCCUUCAUUAAUGCCCUUAUCCGUCAACAAAGGCUGGGAAACAGGGUUGAUAGAGUUUUCACAACUGCAGCCUAUGAUAAUAUGGUGAGGGAAUUGCGUGAAAACAUCGGCAUGCCAUUUGAAAAAGAUCACUUGAAGAAUCGUUUGAAGACCCUUAAAAAUAAUUUCAAGGAGUGCUUUGAUAUUUUUAAUGGUGCAAAUGGUUUUGUCUGGAGCCCUGAAAAUAAAAUGUGGGUUGCGAAGCCUGAAACAUGGAAAGCCUUUGUAAAGGCAAAACCUAAUGCAAAAAAAUGGAUGACUACACCAAUUGCCCAUUAUGAUGAGCUGUCACUGCUUUUUGCAAAAGAUAGAACCAAGUCAAACGGUGCUAAUACCUCGAGGGAGAAAGCAGAGCAAUGGGUUGGCUCUGGAAGUCCCUACUUGCUUGAUGGUUUCAACUUGCCAAACGAAGUUACACUUAACCUUGAGGACUCAAACGAGAUGAAUGAUGGUACAAGUCAGCUAGCAACUCCUGUUGAAGCAAAUUCCCAGGCAGAUUCUCAAGGAUGUUCUCAUUCUGCAACAUCAUUGAAAGGCAAAAAGCGCAAGGCUUCAAGUGUUGAUGCAGUUGAGAGAGAGCUCAGAGGCAUAAAGGAUGCAAUUAAGGAAGUUGCACGGGCAAUUAGGGAGGGAAAUCUCAUUGCCGAGAGAGGACGCCCCCGUGUUUACUCCGAGCAAGAAGUUUUCUCAGAAUUGGUGAAGAUAGGAGUUGAAACACAUCUACGGUACAAGGCCUACACUUUCCUUGUUGCAAAUUCUGGGAGGGUAAGGGCUUUCUUUGGUUGCCCGCCUGGGGAGCGCAGGGAAUUUUUGCUGCACAUGAUGUAUAGUCCUGAUGACUCUUCAACUCUUGAUUGAUAAGUUUGUGUUCCAAUUGAACUGUUAAUAACUGCAUUGUUCUUGGGAGAGAGUUUUUCAACGUAAGUAACUCUGUCCAAGAGUUUCCUCUUUUUUUUUCCUCUGUAGAUUUGGUUGGGGAAUAGGACAGGUAUUGUAACCCAAGCUUGUAUAUACAUGAUGGCUGAUCAUUGUAGCAUUCAGGUGAUUGUUAUGGAGAAUAAAUUAAAUUUGACUA